CACAUACACUCACACCCACACUCACUCUCUACCGGGCCCCUCCCGCCUCCUGGCGAUGAUUUCCACGAAGAGGAAAUUGACCGAGACUCAAGAAGCAGCACUUGAGAAGUUCCGUGAGGCUGUACUGGACGUGUCACCAUGGUUACCGUACAGCGAUGAUCAUUACCUCCUCAAGUGGCUCAGAGCCAGGAAAUUCAACGUAAAAGAUGCUGAGAUGAUGAUUCGAAAGCACGUGGAGUUCCGGAAGCUGAUGGAUGUCGACCACCUCGUCAGGCACUGGAAGCCGUCAGAGGUGGUGGAGAAGUAUUUCUCCGGCGGCCUGUGUGGCUGGGAUCGCCAGGGGUCGCCCUUGUGGUGGGAGGUCGUCGGUGACCUCGACCCCAGUGGCCUCAUGAGGUCAGAGCGACCUCACGCGUUCAUGUGCAGCAAAGUGCGAGAGCUGGAGAUGAUGUUGGCCGAGUGCCAGCAACAGACUCAGCUGCUGGGCAGACAGGUGGACAGCAUGGUGGUGAUCAUGGACCUACACAAUCUGAGCCGGAAACAUCUUUGGAAACCUUUCCUCGAGAGCAACCUGGAGAUGCUGAGGAUGUUUGAAGCCAACUACCCAGAGUGUCUCAAGACCGUGUUCAUUAUCAGAGCUCCCCGAAUCUUCCCGCUGGUCUACAACAUCGUGAAACCGAUCAUCAGUGAAGACACCAAGCUGAAGAUUCGUGUCCUGGGGAGUGACUUUAAGGACGUUUUGCUCUCUCACAUCGAAGCCUCCGAGCUGCCAGAGUUCUAUGGCGGGACACGGACAGGGAAGGACGGAGACCCCCGGUGCGGAGACAAGAUCCGGUUCCCCACGGAGGUCCCUCUGAGGUUCUACGCCGCCCGUGACGGAGACUAUGAGAAGUGUCUCAGUGUAGGACUGGGAUCAUCGUUCACACACAGCCUGCACGUGGAGACCAGUGGGAGCAUCAUCCAGUACCUACUCACCUACUCACUCACCUACUCACUCACCUACUCACUCACCUACUCACUCACCUACUCACUCACCUACUCACCUACUCACUCACCUACUCACUCACCUACUCACCUACUCACUCACCUACUCACUCACCUACUCACUCACUCACUAUCAGAACUGUCUGAGUGUAGGACUGGGAUCAUCGUUCACACACAGCCUGCACGUGGAGACCAGUGGGAGCAUCAUACAAUGGUCGUUCCAGACUGAGAGCCACGACAUUGGAUUCGGGGUGAGCAUGCAAAGAGGACGACGUGCAGGUGGUGGUGAUGGUGGUGGUGGUGGUGGUGAUGGUGGUGGUGAGGGUGGUGGUGAGGGUGGUGAGGGUGGUGAGGACAGGGUGGUGGUGGUGCUGGUGGCGGUGAGGAGGCACAACGCUCACCUCGUUCCGGAGCACGGGGAGCUAACGGCACACGAGCCCGGAAUCUACUCGUUGGUGUUUGACAACUCCUACUCGUGGGUGCACUCCAAGAAGCUCAAAUUCACUGUCAAGAUGCUCCCACCCCUGCCUGCUACAGUCACCCAGUCACCCAGUCAGGCACCCAGUCAGUCAGUGACUCAGUCACCCAGUCAGUCACUCAGUCAGUCAGUCACUCAGUGACUCAGUCACCCAGUCACCCAGU